CGCGGAGCGGGCGCGGGCGGGCGGAACCAUGACCGAAGAUGACGCGAGCGGCGCUGGUGGAGGGCCAGGUCAAGCUGCGGGACGGCAAGAAGUGGAAGACUAGGUGGCUGGUGUUGCGCAAGCCGUCGCCCGUGGCAGACUGCCUGCUGAUGCUGGUCUACAAGGACAAGGCCGAGCGCGCGCAGGGCCUGCGGGAGCGCAGCGGCCUCACCCUGGAGGACAUCUGCGGCCUGGAGCCCGGCCUGCCCUACGAGGGCCUGGCCCACACGCUGGCCAUCGUCUGCCUGUCCCAGGCCGUCAUGCUGGGCUUCGACAGCCGCGAGGCCAUGUGCGCCUGGGACACCCGCAUCCGCUACGCACUGGGCGAGGUGCACAGGUUCCACGUGACGGUGGCUCCGGGCACGAAGCUGGAGAGCGGCCCCGCCACCCUGCACCUCUGCAACGACGGGCUCGCGCUGGCCAGGGACGUCCCUCCGGCCGUCACGGGGCAGUGGAAGCUGUCGGACCUGCGGCGCUACGGGGCCGUGCCCAGCGGAUUCAUCUUCGAAGGCGGGACCAGGUGUGGGUACUGGGCCGGGGUCUUCUUCCUGUCCUCGGCUGAGGGGGAGCAGAUCAGCUUCCUGUUCGACUGCAUUGUCCGCGGCAUCUCGCCCACCAAGGGCCCCUUUGGGCUGCGGCCGGUUCUCCCAGACCCCAGCGCCAGGGGGCCCUCCCCGGCCGGGGAGCGUGUGGCCCAGGAGGCCCUGGAGGCCCUGGAGCUGGAGAAGAGACUCAGCCUCCUCUCGCACGCGGGCCGGCCGGGAAGCGGAGGGGACGACCGGAGCCUGUCCAGCUCGUCCUCAGAGGCCAGCCACUCGGACGUCAGCGCCAGCAGCCGGCUCACCCCGUGGCCCGAGCAGUCCUCGUCCUCAGCCAGCACGUCGCAGGAGGGCCCGGGACUGGCGGGCGCCCAGGCCCCCGGGGACACCGUGCUGGGCGCCUCGAGGCCGCCCCCCAAGCCGCUGCGGCCGCGGCAGCUGCAGGAGGUCGGCCGCCAGAGCUCCUCGGACAGCGGCAUCGCCACGGGCAGCCGCUCCUCCUGCUGCGGCAGCGUCUCGUCCUGCACGGGCAGCAGCCCGGAUGUGUGGCGGGCGGGCGAGGAGCUCGGCUCGCUGCUCAGCCUGCCGCCGGCUGCCGGGGUGCCCGAGCCCAGCCUGUGCACCUGCCCGCCCGGGGCCGCCGAGUACCAGGUGCCUGCGGCACUGCGGCCACACUACGACCGGCCCCGCAGCCUGCGCCCGGCCCCCAGGGACCAGAGCCCCGCCGUGAAGGGCGGGCCCCACGACGGCACGGCCGGGGACGCAGGCGGCCAGACGUCCACCGGCUGUCCUGGCUGGCCGGGCGUGAGACGGCGGGGACAGGCGACCGAGGCCAUGGGCGGUGAGGCCGAGCUGCCCGGCCCGGCCCCCAGCGAGCCCUGGGAGGCGGGCGGCCCCCCGACCGGGCCACUUCCAGCCUUCUUUGCUGCGUGUCCCAUCUGUGGAGGUCUCAAGGGCGCAGAAGCCGCAGCCCCUGGCCCGGCCACUGCUCCCUCCCCUCUCCCCACAGGCUCCCCGGGGCCCGAGCGGGGUGGCAGUUUGACGCCCACCUACGCAAACCUCCCGGCAAGCCCCUCCUGCAGGAAGCAGCUGUACUACCUGGGGCUGGAGCUGCAGGAGGCUGUGACCGGGGUCCGAGGGGCAGGCGCCUCCCGCUACGCCCAGAUCGACAUCACGGCCACAGAGACGGCGCAGCGGGUGGGCGCCCAGCACGCGCAGGCCCGGCAGGAGCGGCUGUGGGAGCUGGAGGAGCGCAGGAAGGGGGCCCCGCGCUGA